AUGAACGGAGACAGCAUGGACCGGGAUCUAGAGCACAGUGCCUCGGUGGCCGCUGUACCAGCAUCACAGUUCACCGCUGGGGUCCUGCCGAACCCCUUGAUUGAUGAUAUCAAGUCUCUUCAACCCAAGACCGGCGUUUUAAUUCCUCUGAAAACAACACAAGAGGUUCGACAAGACCAUACCAUUGUCCCGGCUUUCAUCACUAGAGUUCCAGCAAAGGCUGCUGCCGAAGUCCUUGGUGCAUUGCGUCUUACGCGACCUGGUGGUAGCGCUAACCCCCUACCUCAUCUGCGAGGAUGUGCAAAGCCCGCGGACUUGCCUGCCCAUCUAAAGACGAAGUUCAUGAACGAAACCCCUGAAGGCCGUCUGGUCCACUUUGCAAAAUCAAUGUGGCUCUAUAUCAUGUGUUGUGAAGCCUCGGAUACCACAGAAGAAGAGCUGGCAGCGACACUUUCCACUGUCAGCCUCCUUGAAGGGCUGGACAUCUGGAUUUCCACGGUCCCAGUCCCACUUGUGGCCCCGACGUCACAAAUUCAGGCUGCUAUGUGGUCCUCACAGUUCUGGCCAACGGUCUAUCGGAAGAACAACCCUUUGGGACCGCACCCUAGCAUAGUGGCCAGAGGUACUGACGAGAUCAAGGACGAUUCGAUCAUGUGGAUGACGUUGGCCCAGCGCGUGGCAGACGACGCCAAGGGUAAAGGUUUGGGAGAAGCUAUAGGAGCGGUCGUUGUGCAGAGAGAUGAGCAUGGCGCCCAGCUUGUUGCCGUGGCAGGCGAUGCGCGCUGGCAUCAGGAUCCCCUGCUCGGAGACGUCGGCAAUCCCAUGGCGCACUGUGUCCUCCGUGUUAUUAGCAUGGUCGCACAAAAGCUUGUUCGUCAUGAGAGGCAAGCCGCGGAUCUGACUUUAGAUCUGCCAACGCUCGAGUUUGACGCUUUUCAUGACGGACCGAUUCUCGACGCUGAGAAGCAGUGCUUCCUACAGGAGCACCCGAAUAAGGACGGCUAUUUGUGUCAUGGGCUGGAGCUCUACAUGACGCAUGAACCUUGUGUGGCAUGUUCAAUGGCUAUUCUUCACGCCAGAAUGGGCAAGGUGGUAUUCUGCAACCACAUGCCAAGAACUGGUGGCUUGAGUUCAGACGAUCGUCCUGACGGAGGCGGAAGAGGGUUGGGUCUCUUCUGGAGGCGGGAGCUCAAUUGGAGCUUGCUGGCCUGGGAGCUGGAGCAAGAUGCUAAUUUUGACCUGGUGACUUUGGACCCGACCACUCAUGUUUAG